GGUGCGGAGCGGGAGGCGGGGGACUGUAGGGGCCGCGGGGCCGGACGAAGCGGAGGGCGGGGUCAGCUACGGGACCUCGGCGACAACACACCAAGCGAGCGCCUAGGCCUGAGAGGAGCGAUGCUGUGGUUCCAGGGCGCCAUUCCGGCCGCCAUCGCGUCGGCCAAGAGGAGCGGCGCGGUCUUCGUGGUGUUCGUGGCAGGUGAUGAUGAGCAGUCUACACAGAUGGCUGCAAGUUGGGAAGAUGAGAAAGUGACAGAAGCAUCUUCAAACAGUUUUGUUGCUAUUAAAAUCGAUACCAAAAGUGAAGCCUGCCUACAAUUUUCACAAAUCUAUCCUGUAGUAUGUGUUCCAUCCAGUUUCUUUAUUGGAGACAGUGGAAUUCCCUUGGAAGUGAUAGCAGGAAGUGUUUCAGCAGAUGAACUUGUGACCAGAAUUCACAAAGUCCGGCAGAUGCACUCAUUAAAAGGUGAAACAUCAGUGGCAAAUGGCAGCCAAUCAGAAAGUUCAGUCUCUACGCCAUCCACCUCAUUUGAACCCAACAGCACUUCUGAAAACUCUCAGUCCAGAAAUGUAGAGCUUUGUGAGACACCACCCACUUCUGCUGAUACAAAGUCAGAUUCUGCAACAGGAGAAGAAAGCUCGGGUCAUGCCACUCUGUCUCAGGAGCCUAAUGGAUGUUCAAAUCAGAGACCUUCAGAGGACCUCACUGUCAGAGUGGAAAGACUAACCAAAAAACUUGAAGAAAGGCGAGAAGAGAAGAGGAAAGAGGAAGAACAGAGAGAGAUUAAGAAGGAAAUUGAGAGGAGAAAAACUGGAAAAGAAAUGUUGGAUUAUAAAAGAAAGCAAGAAGAAGAAUUAACAAAAAGAAUGUUAGAGGAAAGAAACAGAGAAAAGGCAGAAGAUAGGGCAGCUCGAGAGCGUAUAAAACAGCAGAUUGCAUUGGAUCGAGCAGAGAGAGCAGCUCGUUUUGCAAAGACAAAGGAAGAAGUAGAAGCUGCUAAAGCUGCUGCCUUGCUGGCCAAACAAGCAGAAAUGGAAGUGAAGAGGGAUGCUUCCAUAAGAGAAAGAAGCACCAUUGCAAGAAUUCAGUUCCGUCUUCCUGAUGGUUCUUCAUUCACAAAUCAGUUCCCUUCUGAUGCUCCUCUAGAAGAGGCAAGGCAGUUUGCUGCACAGACUGUUGGCAACACUUACGGUAAUUUUUCAUUAGCAACCAUGUUUCCCAGGAGGGAAUUUACCAAAGAAGAUUAUAAAAAGAAAUUAUUGGAUUUGGAACUUGCCCCAAGUGCUUCAGUGGUACUGUUGCCAGCAGGAAGACCAACUACAUCCGUGGUGCAUUCUUCCAGUGGAGACUUUUGGGCAUUGUUGGGGACAGUACUCUACCCAUUCCUUGCCAUCUGGAGACUGAUUAGCAACUUCUUAUUUAGCAAUCCUCCUGCACAGACCUCAGUGAGAGCAGCAGCUUCAGAGCCCUCAAACCUUGCAUCAUCUAGCAAUUCAGAAAAAAGGGAACCAGUCAGAAAAAGAAUGCUGGAGAAACGGGGAGAAGACUUUAAAAAGGAGGGGAAGAUCUAUAGAUUGAGGACUCAGGAUGAUGGUGAAGAUGAAAACAACACUUGGAAUGGAAAUUCUACUCAACAGAUGUAGUGUGACAAGUACAGUAUGUGCAAUAAUCAUUGUUUCUCUUAUGAUUUAAUUCAACUAAAAUUCUACUGGAGAGGAGGGACUGCUUUAUGUUUUCCAAUUGAUCUAUAACUGUUUCUUUAUUCCUGUUUAGUGGGUCAAAAUUUUUUAACUCAGACAAGUCAAGAGAUAAAAUAACUGGCUGCUAGGUCCUUGCAUAUGGUAACCAACUACUAGAAACCUAAAAGAAUCAAAAGGUCUUCCACAACCUCCCUUCAUCAGCUUUCAGUUUUUUGUAUACCCAUUAGUCCUGUGCUCUCAGAUGAUACAUUUUAUGUAGAGCAGUUUUGCUCCAGAACUCUGAAACCCACACAAAGCAACUGGUAUGUCACUAAUUCAACACUGAGUCAGAGCAUUUUAACUAGCCAAUCAGAUGAUGAUUUGUUUUUUUCUCUUUGCGCUCAUCAGCUGCAAGCAAAAUCUUGUAGUUUUUAAUCUUAAACACUGAAUAAAAAAUCUUUUCCAAAAAUUGUAAUGAUCUUAUUUUUGCUUUUCAAUUUUGUUAUCCUAGCAUCUUUUUGUUCCAGCGGACUCUGUUAAGGUCAUGUGUCUGAUUUUUAACCCCCAGUACUGCCCUGGAGCUGCCUCAGGAAAGUAGCUGGCCCAACCUUACCUUAAAUCACUGAAGGAAGUCAUUUUCUGACACACGUUGAUACUAUAUUACUGUCUCUCCUAAUUCAGCAAGGCAUCACUUUGUAUAAUUUUCUAGUCCUGUUCUCAUCAGACUGAAAACAAGAGCUAAUCUAUAGCUAGUCCUUUAACCUUUUUACUGAAGUUUUGCUCUCAAUAAUCACUCUUCAAAGACCUAAAGUACUUGUAUGUAGAACAAGAAGUAUGGAAUAAAGAUAGGCCUUUUGCUCAUUUGGUUAUUCCUAAGAACUUUAAAGCGUUCUUAAUCUAACUUACAUGCUACUUUAUCCAUACAUUUUUGGUAGUGGAGUCCACUGAACUAAUAAUGUUUGAAAAAUGGAGUAACCAUGACAGUUCCUCUUUUAACCCUCUGCUUUUAGAUUAGUAGAUAUCACUCUUGAAUGAACAUAUAGAAGGACUCUCUAUUUUGUAAUGGGAGGAAGAAAUUUUAUCAAAGCAAACUUUUUCACCUAUGAAAUAACAUUGACUUUUAAAAAUGAUAAUAGUCAUUGUUAGCAAGGAAACUGUGAGGCUAUGCUGGUGGUGGUCGGAGUGAAAACUGGUAUAACCUUUUUGAAAAACAUUAUCAGAAACCUUAAAUAUUUUAUAUUCUCUGAUCCAAUCAUUUUUUCCUAAGGAAUGAUCAUAAGUGCAGACAAAAUUUAGGGAUAAAUAUAUUCAUUAAGUGUUAUUUAUUUUACCUGAGAACUAGAAACCAACUAAAUGCCUUGUGCAGAAAUAAUAAACUUUUAUUGAAGAAAAUGGUACAAUACUAAUUCAACAAUUCAAUUUAAUAUAUAUUAAGUACCUGUUAUAUGUUGGGGGGCAAAAAAAGCAGGAUACAGUGCUGUAGGUACAAAACAAUCCUAGCUUUGUAAACCUAGUUUAUAUAUAGAUACUACUAUGUAUUAACAUAAUGUAAAGAAAAAAAAGACAACAAACAUCAGCAAUGGUAAGAGUGGUUAUAUGUAAUUUUAGUUCUUUUUUCUUUUACCCUUACAUGUUUUCUCGAUUUUCUGCAAUGGUCAUAUUAUUUUCAUAAUUUAAAAGAUGAGCUUUAAAAAGAAAAAUCAAGCAAGCAUCCCAUUUAAGGUUUGUCAUCUUUAAAAUAUAGCAAGCAAUAUGGGAUUUAAAAACAAAACAAAAAAACUGUCAAGUGGGUGUGACCCUACUAAUAACUUAGAAAUACAUUUGCAAAAACUUGGGAGUAACUUAAGAGAGUUUACCUUGAAAAAACUCAAAUAUACAUCUUAGAGAAACAUACAUAAAAGAAUGGUUCACAGUCUUUGAGUAGGAGGAUCCCUCCUCAGUUUUAUAUUUUAAAAAGUUAUACAUGGUAAAGAAAAACUCAAAACAGUAUAAAAGGCUAUAAAAUGAAACCGGAAUCGCCCUCUUUGCAUCUUACCCCCAGUUCUCUUCCUCUGAAGUAACCUCUAUUAAGUUUCUUUUGUAAUCUUCAGAACAUUUUUAUGCAUAAUAAGCAAAUAUGUAACCUUUAUAUUUUAAAUAAAUGGGAUCAAAUUAUAUA